AUGCAAAAACACUGUAUUGCACUUGAAUAUCAUAGAGAUAAUUAUACCAAACCAAAUCAUACUAAAGCUCAAGCUUAUUUGAACUGGUUGUUUAAUAAGCGUUUGGUCACCUGCAAAGACAUUCUUUGCCAAAAUGGCGGCACUUGUCAAGACAUUCACGUAUCGACGAGCAGCUAUAAAGCUUACAAGUGCAUUUGCCCAUGGUUUGUUACAGGAUAUGAAUGUGAAACCUUGCUUCCCGCUCAUCAGUUUUGUAAUAACUCCAUUUACUGGAUAAAUAAAGACACGCCUCGUUACGAAGAUGCAGUAGCGUCUUGUGAGAACAAAAACGCAACUGUAGCUUUGGUGACGAAGAAUGAGACCCAUCAAUGCCUCAAAUCGUUGUUGACUGAAAAGUUUACGGACACAGAAUCUUACUUUGGUUUCUACAUCAGCAACAGAAGCCCUUCUAAAUGGAUCAGCGAGUUGGUGCCUUGGGCUGCUUCACAACCAAGUAACAACGACGAAUGUAUUGUGAUGUGGGUUAGUAACAAUCUAGAUUGGGACGACACUUCCUGCACUUACACUGAAUUGAAAAAGGGGGUAAUCUGUGAAAUUCAUGUCUGAAAGUCAAGCAAAACGACGCAUUUAAAAUAUUCAUUAUUACAGGAAACAAUUGCACCAGUAACAAUAUAUAUACA